AUGUCUAUUAGAGAGUUUUUUGACAAACUUAUCGAUAGAGAGAUAUUACCAGAAUGCGACAUUAAUAUAGACCCCUUUGAAAUCAUUGAAAGCAUUGAAUUGAGCCAAUCUAUAGGUGCAACAGCUAUUCAAGCAAGUUUUAAUUGUAAAAUAAUAGAAAUAACAAAAACGUUUGGUGUAAAUAUACAUUAUCACCUUAAAUUUAACAAUCCUACAACUUCUCAUUCAGUAUCUCUCCCCAAUGCUCUUGAAAUACUUAUGCGAAAUUCUUAUAAAAAGCAAAUAUAUAUACCAAGUUCUUUGAAGUCAACACGAUUAAACAGAAAAAAUAUAUUGUAUAAUGAUAUCAUUGAAUGUAUUCAUAAACAUGGUGGAGGAUGGUCCACGGUUGAAUCUGCUGAUACACAAGGAAAAUAUUUUGUCAAUUGUUUGCAUGAAGCUGUUUGGUAUAUUGAUAUGUGUGGGCAUUUAAAAUUUAAAGAAC